AUGAAGCAAAUAGAAGGAGGUGAUGCACAAGAAGUAACUGACAUAAUGUAUUUAGAGCUUGAAGGUAACCCAAACUUCUUUUUUAGAUUUAGAUUGGAUGAAAAAGGCAAAUUGUGGAGUUUGUUUUGGAGGGACUCUAUGAUGAUGGAAGACAAUGGAAUUUUUGGAUAUAUAGUGGUUUUUGACACAACCUAUAGAACAACAGGAGAUGAAAAGAUUGAGUCGUUUGUGUGGCUUCUACAAACUUUCAAAAAGUCAAUGGGGGGAAAAAGUCCAAUAUCAAUCUUUACAGAUCAAGAUGCAGCAAUGAACAAUGCCAUCAAUCCGGUCUUUCCAGAUUCAAGACACAGAUUAUGUGUAUGGCGUUUGCAUCAGAAUGCUAUUACCAGAUUUGGGGCAUUAAAACGAGAUCCAACUUUUAAGAAGACAUUCAACUAUUGCUUGUAUAAGUGUCGUUGGAGAAGUACAGAAAAGAAAGCUGAAUUCUCUUGCAGUAAAUCAGUUGCAUCCUCGGCUUUACCAAUAUCUGGAUUGCUAAAACAUGCAUCAGAAGUUUACACGUUGUCACUAUUCAGAGACUUUGAGGAGGAAUUUGGAUAUUCGAUUGCAACAACAAAAAAAAUAAUUUGGAAACAAGGUAAUACUGAGUUCUAUGCUGUGUCCAUUGAUGAAGAACCUUGGUCUGCACAGAGAGUAGCAUACAUCCACGAGAGCCAGACAUUAUCAUGUACGUGUAAAAACUUUGAAGCUUCGGGAUGGUUGUGCUACCACUGCAUUAGGAUAUUGCACCUUCAUUCGGUUAACCGGAUUCCAGAACAGUACAUCAAAAAGAGGUGGAAAAAAUCUGCCAAGUCAUCAGUUUGGAACAAAUUAGAAAAUGAAAAGCCGGAAGAGGUGCAGUACACACCUUGGCGCCAAGCCAUGGCUAGGAAUUACUACAACCUCAUCUUGGAAAGCCAGUCAAAUGAGGAGACAAGAACCCUUAUGGAGGAUGGUUAUGCCGCUAGUGUGUCUCUGGUUGAUGAACUUCUAGCAUCAUUAAAUCUUUCAAAUACUGAAGAUGCUUCAACCACACAAACAAGUGCAUCAGCAGCACCUGAAACAAGCACAACACGAGCACCAGAAACAAGCACAACCCCAACAAAUAAAACUUAA